AUGAUCCGGCUGCUGGUGGGGCUGGGCGCCAGCCUGGACGCCCCCUCCCCCGGCGGCUCCACCCCGCUGUCGGUGGCGGUUUGCUGGGAGCAGCAGGAGGCGGCCAAGCUGCUGCUGCAGCUGGGGGCAGACCCCAACCAGGUUCUGCCCGCCCACGUCAACAGCGGCUGCUACCCGAUGUGGAGCGACUCGUAUAGCGCAGAGGAGGCGCACACGCUGCUGGGCAUGGCCUGCUCUCGCAUCGAGUUUAGGGACCACCUCACCCUGCUGCUGGAGGCGGGCGCAGACCCCAGCCUGGCCCACCCCAAGACGGGGCUCACCCCCGCCGCCGAGGCCUGCAGCAUAGGCGCCCUGGAGGAGGCGGCGCUGCUGAUCCAGCUGACGGCGGCGCCUGAGGGGCCCUGGUCCCUGGACCAGCUGGGCUGGGCGCAGGCACUGGCAGAGGCGGCUGGAAACUACUUUUGGAACCAUGCCACCUACCCCGACGCCGCGCUGGAGCCGCUGCUGGAGGCGUGGCGGCAGCAGCCGGCGCCGCCGCCCGCCGCGCCGCCGCCCGCCGCCUGCCGCGCCGUCGUCGCCGCCUUGCUGGCCCACCCGGUGCUGCAACUGGCAGAGGGGGCCACCACGCUCCAGGCUGGCGCUGAGCUGGCAGGGGUGCUGCAGGCGGAGUGCCUGGCCACCGUGGGCAUCAGCGCUGACCUCACAGCCAGGCUGCGCACCAGCGCAUGCACGAGCGUGGUGCUGGCUGCCGCCCCCGCCGCCACGCGCUGGAGCCCCGCCACCCACCGCUACUUCCCGCCCGCCUUCAAGCAGGCCGUGCGCCUGCUGCUGCUCACCAACCACCGCCUGCUGGCGCAGAGCCGAAGCAGCGGCGCCGGCGCCGGCGUCGGCAGCAGCGCCGGCAGCGGCGCCGGCAGCGGAAGGGGCGGGAGGCACGUAGGCGCCGCCACAAAGGCGGUCCUGUCUCGCCGGGCGAUGAGGGAACUGCUGGAUGGGACGCCGGCUGCGGAGGAGGCUGCGGGCCCCCCCUGA